GAUUGAAGAGCGCAGUGGAUGUUUAAAUUUUUAAACUGUUUAUUACAGUUAAAGCACGCCUUGCUUUGAACCCACGUACCUCAUCAGUGUUGCCGCAUUCUGAAGCAGCUCCAGAAGGCCUGAGGUGUGUUGUCACGGCUGCCUCCGCGCUCUGAAGCCUUUCCUUUGCAGGCACUUGGAGGUGGAGGAAGAACCAAAAGUUGCACAGUGCCGGAUCUGGAGAGGCAGGCGGACCAGGCCGCCUGCUGUGUUACCAGCCGGCGUCUGCGCCAGAGGGCUCGCGGCAGCAGCACCCACUGUUCUCCGUUUGUUUGCUUGUAUUUAAUCCCACGUCAUAAAGACCUGGGCACAGUGGGGUGAGGAUAUUCAAAGUGAGUGCUGCCAAGGAGGUUAAUGGCAGUGUGUCUUUUACUGUAAUAAAUGUGCAGAAUUUAAACAUUCACUGUAUAUACUGAUCACCCUUGAUUCAGACUCCAACCCUGACCCUGGGCUUUGUGUAUGUGUAUACUUACUCAGCUUCAGUUUGUGAUUUUUGAUUUUUGUUUCAAAUCUGGAAAGUGAGCUGGAUAACCAACUGAAAAAGUGCACAUAAGAUGCUUAGCACAGCAGCUGACAGCAGUGCACAGCAAACAUGAGCAUUAGGUCUUCCAGACACUCUUUAUUAAAGCAAUUCAUCACAUUUGUCUUUUUAAAAAGUCCACAGGUCAGUGAUUUUUUUAAAAAAAUGGAUGCAUUCCCAUCACUAGGAACUAAGCCUGUUUGUCUUUUUGGUGGCACUGCUGGGAGCCAAACCCAUGGCCUUGCACAUGCCUGGCAGGUGCUGUACUGUAUGUGAGGGGCGUCCUCGUCCCAGAAUGUGUUCAUCACCCCGACGGGGCCCAGUCGGUCACUUCAGCCCUGCACCUCUCAGCGAUGGCAGCCACUAGUCAAAGCUCUCUUCUCCUUCCCGCCCCCUUUCUUUUGUUCUGUUUUUCAGGACAAGGUCCUGCUUUGUAGUUCAGGGUAGCCCCAAACUUCGGGCUUCUUCUGUUUCAGCCUCCUGAGUCUCAGAUUACCGGCAUGUAUCACACACCCAGCUCAAAAUUACAUUUCUAUGGGUUUCUUUUGUAGGUUUUUUAUAUAAAAAGAAUCAUACAAUAUGUGGUUUAUUGGUCUUGGUUUCUUUUAUUUUGCAUAUAUUUUAUUAGCAUGUUUGUGAUACACAGUUAUAGUUGUUUUAGGGAAAAGGCGCAUGCUCACAUCGCGUUUUAAUCAUCUUUGUCUCCCUCCCGCCUCAGAGCACGUGUCUGGCUGGCUCGUAUUCACUCCAGAAUGGAGAUGCUCCUGCUUCUGCCUCAGUGUUUCCAAGCUGCAAAAAUAAGCACCUAAUUGGAACCAAGCAAUGGAGGAAUGACCAGGCCAGGUGGCACACUCGCAUAAUCAGAGUACUCAGGAGGCUGAGGCAGGAGCAUUUCCAUGAGUUCGAGGCCGACCUGAACUACAUAAGGAGACCCUUUUUCAAAACAAACAAAAAAUAAAACAACCACGAGAGGGGUAGAGACCCAUUGAAUAGAACAAGAAAAUCUUGGUACUGUAAUUUUUGGUGUUCUGAAUUCAGAGAAUGUUGAUUAAUUUAUGAACUUGCCCCUCCCUCUUUCCUUUCCUUUCCCUCCCUCCCCCUCCUCGUAUCAAAUCCAGGGCUUCAUGCAUGUACUCUACCACUAACUGGGCAUUUUAAUAUCUCUUUAAAAAUGAGAAAGUCACCAGAGCAUUAUAUGUAUUAUAUAUGAUGUAAGACUUUCAGUUCCUCGAGAGAUUAGAGAUUUAUGAGGGGAAAUAGUCUGCCAGGGCAAAAGGAAAUUUAGCCAUGUGACAUGGUUUUUUUUGGAUUGGUCCUGAGAUAGUAUAAAACAAAAUCUGUUUUUGAUGGGUUAGUGACAGAACAGUAGAUUUAUUAUUAUUAUUACAGAUAAUUUUGAUUAAUAAUAGUAUGUUCUAAGUCCGCAUGCACUUUAUCAUGUAUUUGCAGUAUUUUUGAUAUACAGUUGACAGCUUUGAUAUAUAUACAUUUUAAAAAUUUAAUUGAUUUAUUUUGAGACAGGGUCUCACUACGUAGUUCAAGCUGGCCUUGAACUCACUAUGUGGUGUAGGCUGGCCUUGAACUAGUGGUGAUCCUCCUGCAUCAGCCUGCUGAGUGCUGGGAUGUCAGGCAUGCACCACUGUGCCCAGCUAGCUUGGGUAUAUUUUGAAUAUGACAGUUUGACCAAAUGAGUAGAUGUCCUCCUUUUCCCCACUCCUUUGACUGAUUACCCAGAUUAAUGGGCUCCAUUCUGACUGACUCAUACACGCACAUAACACUUAGAUCGUGCUAACCCCGCAUUAUUCCCUGCCCUAUCCUGGCCCCUCUGUUCAUGCUUGGAGGAGGUUCUGUGCACAAUCACCCCGUCCCCUCUCUCCUCCUCACUCCCUUCCCCUGUCUGUUAAGUCUGCCUUCUACUUGUCUUUGUUUUUAUUACACCUGUUAGGGAGAACAUGACGCGCUGGUCCACCCUUGUUUUUCUCCCUUUGUUGUGUGCUGGUUUUUUGUCCUGUUCUGUUUUGAGACACUGUCACCGUCUGUUACACAGGCUGGCCUGGAACUCUUGGCUUCCAGCAGUCCUGCCUCAGCUUCCUUUCUGAGCAGUUUGGAUGGAACUCCAGGCCAGGUUGAUGUUUUCUUUAUUCAUUUGGUCCACUUGUCCUUUUUGUCAAAGGUCCCCAUGUGAGUUCAGAUAACAGAAGUUUAGCUUCUCUAAUUCGUAUCCUUGUGCAUUCCUUAAACAUAUGCUAGAGCAACAAGGAAAAAGUGAGGGCCCUGGAUAAGAAGAAAAUUUCAUUAGAAUAAUAUUUUUUACAUAGACUUGUCUUUCCAUUAUAGAAAAAUUUUAAUUACAGAUGAUUUGACAAUCAGAGCAUCAUUUAAUCUAUUUGUAUACUUGCGUACAUAUUUCUAAACUUAAACUUUUUAAAAAAAAUCAUACAAUUUGGCUUUCUAAGGCACAUUUUCUACGUAACAUAUUAUGAGCAUCUUUCCAGGGUGGUAGCUACUGCAAAAGGUGUGUGUGUGAAAGAGUUAAAAGGCUUCGCAAGGAAUUCCUCAGGUUGUCUUGACCAGAACCAUUAGGUACUUAGGAAGGGUAUUUUUUGUUUUUGUGCCUCCCAUAGUCUGCUAAAACUGGCGAUAAUAAGUGUGAAGAUUUUCUGAGGAUUUUCUUGGUAGAGUAAGAAACUGUGCUUUCCCACCUCCCAAGUGAAAGCCCAGGGCUUUUGUGAAACCCCAGUGAGCUGGCUCAGUUUGCAAGGGAGGGCAGCACUGGGCUGGGCAGUGGCCUCAAGUGUUGUGGUCCCCAUGGAGACGUGGAAGGCCUUAACCGCGCUCCUGUGUAGCUGCAGGCUGGGCAGCUGGCCCUCACCCUUGGGCUGAAGAGGAGCCGGCACUGCUGCACCCAGCUUGGGCCACUCCUGGAGUUUUUGGAAGUGGAAGAAAAUUAUUUGCUGAGAUGGCAGCCGGGAAUCCUUCACGCGCAAUCCCGGGAAGGGACAGCUGCCACACAAGGUUCAGCGCCUGGACACCUUUUAGCAACACGUCAUUAAACAGACAGCUCUUUCAGGAAAGGGUUGCUCUUAUAAGCCAUUGGUUUGACCUCUGGACCAACAAGCAGCGCCAAGAAUUCUUACUCACAAUUUUUUUACGAUGCACUAAAUCACAAUUAAGGUUCGUCCAAGACUGGUUUUCAGAAAAGAAGCCAAUGGCCAGAGUGGAUUUCUCUACUGUGCUACCACGCCGCAUUUCUCUGUAUAUCUUCUCCUUCCUGAAUCCCAAAGAUUUGUGUGCAGCCGCCCAAGUCAGCUGGCCCUGGAGGUUUCUCACUGAACAGGACUGCUUGUGGAUGCCCAAGUGCGUCAGGUUUGGCUGGUUCCUGCCCUACACUCCAGCAGACAAGGAGUACGGUGCUUGGAAGCACCACUACCUCGCGUGCGUGGCCGACUUGGACUGGCUGACCCCCAGAGAGGCCGCCGCUGUCCAUGGGACCCUGCGCGAACCCAACACGGAGGCCGAGGAGCUCCCGGAGAGGCAACGGGAAAAGUGCCUCAGGAAAAUAAUCUGGGAGAAAACUGCACUUCGUAAGAAGGAGUCACUCAGAGUUCGCCCGCCCUGGGGCAGUGCGGCAGGCUGCUCCCGCUGGUGCACACCCAGAGGCCCACCUCCUGUCUCCCAGAGGUGGAGGGAUUCGGCGGGAUCACAGGGAGCCUCGGAGAAGGAGCUUGUUUUGGCAUCCUUGGAGGUUUUGCCCACGCGAAGCAAUGUUUCUGGAAGCCAUUCCUACCCUUCUUUAUCGAAGAAAAAUUGGCAUGGAGUUGCUAACAAGGACGAGCCACGCUUCAUAUUAAUAUCAUCUCGGAUUCCUGCGUAUGAGCUGCUGGUGGACAGCGUGCAGGCCGGCGUGCUCUCUGCAGUGUACGAGUACAGCAAGCCCCUGGACAGCCUGCUGUGUCUCACGGAGAAAGCCCUGGCCGGGCGGAAGGCACGCAGUGUGGGGAUAUUUAGCGAUGGAGACAGCAGAGAGAUGAAUUUACUGCAAGGCUAUAAAAUUGAUAUUGAAAAUUUACUGAAGCCUGAAGUGAGAGACUUCUGGGAGACACUGGGAAGUUUCGUGGCCACCGAGGAAGAAGGGGGACACGUCGACCUCUUCGUGCCACUUGGCGCAUCAGAGGCAGGUGUGGAGGCCCUUUCCCAGCUGUCGCAGCUGACUGGCACGCUCUUCACCGCCCCCACUGGCGUGGCCACUGGCUCAUUCCAACACAUUCUCAGUGAGUGGCUGGGGCCGCCGGGGGACGGGGCUCCCCCUUCCACCUACUUCAGCCCAGCCAAGCUGCAGACCUGGGCCUGCUGGGCGGAGCUCCUGGAGGAGGCCCUGAAGUCCGUGAGGAAGGAGUUGGGUCCGCUCCUGAAGGACCUGCAGAAGGUCAUCAGCGCCAGGAUGGUCGGGCAAAUCAUGUCUGACUCCAUGACCACGGCCAGCAUUCUAGAUAACCAGGACACUGCGCGGGCGCUGGCCGAUGGGUUGGUGGAGCUCUCAAAAGAACACGCGAAAACAAAUGUGAUAGCAGGAGAUUGUCGGGACACAAAGUCAAGUCUGAGCAAAAGUGACCUUGAGGGGCUGGUUGAGCUGGAGAGGACGCUGCAGAGGCACCCGUGGGAGAGGCGAGCCGCGGUGGCCAGGGAGCUCUUACAGAGCGAGAGGAGGUAUGUGCAGCUGCUGGCCGCCGUGAGGGACGUGUAUGCCACACCGCUGCGAGCCGCGCUGGCUUCGAACAGAGCCAUUCUGAGCGCUGCAAAUAUCCGGAUCAUCUUCUCCGAUAUCCUGCGGAUUUUAAGUCUGAACAGGCAGCUUCUAGAUAACCUGAGAGACAGACUACAGGAAUGGGGCCCGGCCCACUGUGUGGGUGAAAUAUUUAUAAAGUUUGGGAGCCAGUUGAAUACAUACACCAAUUUCUUCAACAAUUACCCUGUUGUGCUGAGAACCAUUGAGAAGUGCAGAGAAGCAGCGCCAGCAUUCCGAGCUUUCUUGCAGAGGUGUGAUAAGACAAUUGUCACCCACAUGCUGAGCCUGCCAGAGCUGUUGUUGUGCCCAUCCCGGAGGUUUGACGAGUACCUGACUCUUCUCUAUGCACUGAGGCUUCACACUCCUGCAGGACACGUUGACUGUGGGGAGCUGACUGCUGCAAUUGACCAAAUCAAGAGAUACAAAGGUUAUCUGGAUAAGAUAAAGGAAAAUGUCAGUAUGAAAGAGCAGCUGUCGGAUGUACAGAGACUCGUCUGGGGAUGCCCUGCUCUAUCAGAAGUAAACAGAUAUCUGAUUAGGGUCCAAGAUGUAGUACAGCUUCACUGUGCUGAUGAGGAAGUAAGUUUCUCUUUAAGGGUCUACGAACAAACCCGCGACCUCACCCUCUUCCUCCUCAGUGAUGCCCUGCUUAUUUCCAGCCGGGGCACAUCUCACACUCCAUUUGAAAGGACUUCAAAAACCACCUACCAGUUCACUGCAUCAGUGGCCCUUCACAGGUUACUCAUCAAAGAUAUCCCGGAUUCCAAGUAUGUCAAGAAUGCAUUUAUUCUUCAAGGUCCGAAACGUGAGUGGAUUUGUGCUACUGAGGUGGAGGAUGAUAAAUUCCUCUGGUUAUCAGUACUCAAAAGAGCAAUCCGAAGCAGCAUGGAGAAGUGAGAGUGGACUGCAAGAAAACAUCAGGAACACCAGUUCUCUCUGACAAGAGCGGAUGUAUAUUUUGUUCUAGAACAUCCCGUGAGAAGCAGAAUGAUUGUCACAGAUGAUGACAGCAUGAACUAGGACACAGCACAAGGCUUAAACCUUAUCCUGAUGAAGUUAUGCAGAAUGUAUAAGAACAAUGAGUCUAAAAGUUUGAACCACUUUUUUGUGGUAGUUGUUUUUCAUGAAUAAUAUUAUUUAAAAUAAUUUGAAAUGGGAAAUUCUAGGAGAACAAGCAAAUUGUGUGAAGUUUUAAAAAAAAAAUCUCAUGAAAAAUAAAGCCAAAACAAAAAAUAUUAAAUGACCAGUCUAAAAAAAAAUCAAUUAUCUUUAAAAUUUUCAUGAAACAAUUAAUGGUCACUAUAAAUGGCAAUUUUCUUAAAUACCUGUCAAGUAUUGUUAAUAUGAACGUACUUCUCUAGAGAGCAUUAAAAUUAUACUACAAAGAAUUAAAAAGUUUUAUAUAUACACACACAUAUAUAUUUUGCUGCAAAACUGAACUGUUAGACCUUACAAAUAAGAAACUUUAAAGUUCUCUUGAUAUUUAAAUUAGAAGGCCAGUGGGGAAAAUGAAAUUUUUAAAAUACAAAAAUAAACUUCCUGGACAUGGCCCUGCCAGCUUGGACCACUUUUGGUAGAUGCAUGACUGCCCAUGCUGCCUGACAGGACAGUCAUGCAUGCAGAACCACUGGACAGGAAGACAUAUACAUUGUAGCCCUGUCAUUAGUAUGUCAAAGUCUGUGACUUGUAAUAAACUGCAACUGUGACCUGUUUAUCACUUGGAAACGAGAUGAUGUAUGCAGUAGUAAUAUUUUUACCUAGAUAAUGCUAUCAAAAAGAUAACACAUUAGUCUUGGAAGCUUUAGGUUGCCCAUUUCAUUUUUGUUUUGUUUUUGUAAAUAUCUUAAAGUAUUAAAAUAUAUUGGGUACAAUCUAGGAUUGUGGAACUGAGCUACCUGAAUAAAUCUUUCACCAAUGAAACUAUAAA